CAAAAUUUCGCAGUAUUAUUGGUUUUAUCGCUAUUGGCGUGUUACGCGAAGUACACGAUUAUUGUGGCAUACGUAUCAUGUAUGUUAUAUAAAUCUUUAAGGUAUUUAUUGAAGUUAACUGUGAUUGAGACCUACGUAAUUUUUUCGUCGUGUUAUCAAGAUUUCGAAGUAUAAAGAUACGCUUUACAUAAAUAAAAUUUCAAAGGUUAAAAAUAUUGAGUAUAGUAAUAUUUACUAAUUACUUGUCUGUAUCUUAAAUUCAUGAAAGAGUAGAUACUAUUGAAAUGAUAUACGAACGAUGAUCAAAUAAGUAGUAUAUCCAUGCAUAAGUAGUGCCGUGUGUUCAUCUUUCGUUGGAAACGCAUCAUAAAGAAGAUUCCCUGUGUUAUCGAUUGAGCCUGAUACACGUACCGCGUGGAUAAACUAUACAAAACUAAGAAUUUAGUAUGCGUGUGCCCAUAGCAACGCAGCUAAUUAGGUUCUAACAGAAGCAUUUUUUCAACGAACAGUACUUUAUCCGUACUUUAUCAUGGUCGAGACUGAGACAAACGUGGUACGUAACGCGAAAACCGGACAGAAAUCAUUGCUCGAAAGAUAUGAUAUACCGGUCGAGCAUCUUUCGUACGAAUACAUUUCUGAAUGUACAAACGCAAAAAAGUUGGAGCGCAUAGUAACUAUUCUGCGUUCCGGUGAGGAAGGAUAUUAUCCAGAUUUAACAAAGCAUGCAGAGAACCGCUUGAGUGUUGUUAAGCCAACUAGUGUAAUCUUAAGAAAAUCCGAGCCCAUUCUCAAGCGUAACAUGUUAAAAUCAAACGAAUGUAAGGAAAUCGAUAAAGAUAUCAACGAUUGGAUGUCUGAAAUGCAAAUUCGAGAAAAAGACCUGGAGGAAGGGAGAGCUGCGAUACUAGACUCUCUCGUCACGCCGGAUAUUCGGCAAUUUAAAGAAGAAUCUGUAAAAAAAAAUUCAACAACAAACUCGAAAAAUGGUAAAAACAAACGGAUUCGUUCAUGUGAUUACGCUGCUUGGGAUAAAUAUGACGUUGACACUGAAUUAGACAGAAUAGAUAUACAAGAUGAACAACAGAAGGCCGAAGCAAGAAGAUUGCAACAGAAUCAGAAAGAAAUUGUUCAGAGAAAGAAAUUGGAGAAACAUGCAAUUAUUAAUAAAUCGGCAUUGACAGGAACUGAAUUGGACGUGAUGGCAGAACAGGAAAGGGAAAAAGGAAACGAGGCUUUCAGGGCUGGAGAUUACGAAGAAGCGUUGGAACAUUACAACAGUAGCAUAAAAAUGAAUUCAAAUAUAACUACGUACAACAAUCGUGCGAUGACGUACAUUAAACUUCAACGUUACGAGGAUGCUCUUAAUGAUUGUAACAUGGUACUCAGCGUAGAAUAUACGAAUAUGAAAGCACUUCUUCGUCGAGCUGUAAGUUUAGACCACCUUGGAAAAUCAUCUCAGAAUUAACAUCGUUUAAUUUUGAUAUCUUUAGAAUGACUAUCAAAGAAGAAAAAACGGAAAAUAUAAAUAAAAGACAAACGUCAAAUGAAAUCGAAGAAAUGAAAAGUUACAUUCCACAAUUUGGCUCAAAAUUGAAUUUGUCAAGUAGUAUAUGUUACUGUGACAAAGCGCCAGGUCCGUCGCAAAAUUUAAAACCGAGGCCACACAUCAAAGCUGAGUAUUGUCUCGAGAACGAUGACAUAAAGACGACAACAAUUAAAAGUUCAAAACAAUCUGAAAUUGUUCAGAAUGUGAGCACUGAAGUGUUAGUUUCUCCUCCUAAUAAUUGCUCUUCCAAUGUAUCUAAAGUAACUCGAGAAAAAAGUAGUCCUACUUCAGCCAUGAAACAGAAAUCAAUUUUCUCAUUUACGAGACCUCCUGCACGAGCUAAUUCGGUUAUUAUUGAAGAAUUACCUAGUGAAUUUAGUAACAAUAAUGCAAAUGUUAAGGCCAAGUCGAACGAAACGGUUGCAAAUAAGAGUAAAUUCAAUGCUGAAGUCGCGAUAGAUAAAAAUAUGUCCAACAAACAAGUUAAAACAUCGGAUACUAAAGCUCUGAAUAAAAAUAACGAGCAAAGUGACAAUUUAAACGAUAAGUGUUACAAGAUGUCACCUAGGAAGGUAGAAGUAGCGGAUAAAUAUAAAAAUAAAACUAGUAAAUCGGAGAAAUAUAUUAAGGAUUUUAAUAAUAUCGAAAACGGGUACGAAUUUAUGCGCAUAUGGCGAUCAUUGAAAAAUGAUACUGACUUGGAAGUAUACGCUGAACUGUUGAGAUCAUUAGACACCAAUAAAUUAAGUUCAAUUUUAGGUAAUGAGUUGGAUGGAAACAUGUUCAGUAUCAUUUUACAUUGUUUGGAACGGCAUUUUUGUACAUCCAACGACACGGAGCUGCUGAAUAAUUUUUUAACAUCACUCUGCCAAGUAAAACGUUUCUCAAUUGUGAAUAUGUUUAUGAGCAAUGAAGAUAAACGAGUUGUCAGAAACAUACUCAAUUUCUUACGAGAACGUGGGAUAUCAGGAGUUUCAUCACUGCGACAAAUUUAUUGCAUUUAAGAACGUUGCGCGUCUAUGCACUUUUAAGAUAUUUUGAAUUUUAUAGUGACGUUUCAACUUGACACGAGUACCAACUUUAUAUGUUCUAGUAAUAAUACAUAAGAAAAUACACUAUGAUGAUAUUGUUGUCUUUAAUUUUAUCAAUGAUUAUACACAAUUAAAGUAAAUUAUUUUCAAUUGGAUGG